GCGGACGAAACCGAUCAUAACCGCCACGACGACAUGGCGGCGAGUUUGGUCGUGGACCGACUCCGGUUAGAGCUGGACAUGCUGCGACGGGACACGAUGCUGUGGUGGCUUCACGCACUGCCAGACAUAACGAUCCAGUCGUUGGUGCAAAGUCACGGCGGCAUCUCCAUCUCGGCCGACGUGGUGCCGUCCCCCGAGCUCGAUCUGCCCGCGGACCCCAUGACCAUCGAGUUCCUCGUCAGCUCCAAGUACGGCAGCCUGCCGCCCGUCGUGCGGUGUCCAGGUUCGUUCGUCCACGGCAUCUGCGACCCCAAGUCCCGGGUCGUGAACCUCCCGAUGCUGUCGCGGGUUGAGCGCGGAUGGUCCAAAUCGUACUCGAUCGCGUCUAUUCUGCACACGAUCCGGCGGACAUUUGUGCGCAAACCGUCGUUGGCUUCGUCGGACGGCGGCGGCGUUGGCCCGUGGGAUAUUCGGUCCAAAUACUUGCAGUACAUGGAAUCAAAACACCACAUGACGUCGACGGACGUGAUCGUAGCGCACUGCGUCGGCGUCGGCAGCACUUCCGUGGGUGCGCGGGACCUGAUGGAAGACGCGCUCGUGUGUGUGGACGAGCUGGCGUGUGGGAGCAGCAGCACCCUCGGGUUUCACCCGGCUUUGUACUGCGUGGCCGACGGACAUGCCGGCAUCACAUGUGCCGACUACCUGAUGCGGCGGCUGCCCGAGGCUGUAGGGGCCAUUCUAGGUCAAGACAAGAGCCCACGGGAAGCACUGUAUCGAGCGUUCAUGCAAGUGGACUCGGACUAUAACGAGUGGGCGCUUGCCAAUAACGACAUGUCUGGGAGCACGUGCAUUUGUGUGCUGUACGAUGGACUGGACAAGUUGUACUGCGCCAACGUUGGCGAUUCGAGGGCGCUGCUGAUUCGGGGCAGGCAGGCGAUUCAGAUCUCCCGCGACCACCGGAGUGUGGACGUUGAAGAGCAGGGAUACAUUGUGAGCCGGGGCGGGUUCAUCACCAACGACCGGACGUUUGGCCAGCUCACAGUGACGCGGGCGUUCGGGGACGUGGACAUCAAAAAGCAGUUUGGGCCGUCGCUGUGUGCACUUCCAGAGAUCUCCGAGUGGACGCUGAGUCCGUCAGGGGACGACGUGGUCGUGCUGGCGUCGGACGGGCUCUUCGCCGUCAUGGACAACCGCACCGUGGCGAGCAUCGUGACAGCGAUGCUGGACAACGGCGCCGCGCUCCCCGCGAUAGCAGACGUACGAUGGUUUGUGUGCUUGGUUGUGGGGUUCACUCAGGACACCGAGUAGGAGCUAGUCCGGAUAUGCGUGGCAGACCGACGAGGGGAAGACAACACGUCGGUGGUCGUUAUUGAGCUGACGACCGACAGCCACGACCGCCGAGGCGAUGACGUGGCAGCAGCAGCGCGCACGGACGAUGACGUGCUAAUGGUGGAAGGGGAAAAGCUGCUCAAAGCAGACAAAUCGGUGGACACGCUGCUGCACGACUUGGCGCUGCAGGACGACGUGGGGACGCCGCUGGUGAUGACGACGAGCACCAAGGCGGAAGUGCUGCGCCGACCCACGACUGUGAGUCGCGUGGCGCUGCAAAACGACGAAGAGCUCAUGGAUUUCCUCUUGGACGAGCAAAACUUCUCGGGGUAGUGAUGGCGACGAACAUGAGGAUGAAUGAUGCCCUUCCUCGCGCGAUCUUGCGGCCGUUUCAGAUAUGCUCGAAGAGCUAAUAUAUACUUAAGUAAUAUUGAUGAUUGGCAGUUUCACAA